GAAAGGUACGUAUUUGUUUAAAAUAGUGCAAUAGUUCAUUUAAAAUAGUGCAAAAGUUUGAAACUCCCGUGCCUUUUCAUGUCUUGCAGGCGCUUGGGUACGAAAGCAGUAAUUUCUUUGCCGGUGAUUUUUUGCUUCUAAAACGUACCGUGUAAGAGUAAACAAACAUGAGUUCUAGCCAAAGCUCGGAGCCAGCUCAAAGUGAAAACGGGGCAGUGCAAGCACCCCGACGUCGUAAGACUACGAGCAAUGAGGAUAGAGAGCGCGUGGUAACGGCGUAUGAAAAUGGAGCAACCCAUGCUGCCAUUAGCCAAAUGCUCAAUAUCAAGCUUGCAACCGUCUACGGUAUCGUAAAAAAAUACCAAAAAACAUUUGAAGCCGAAGCCAAGAAACGUGGUGGCAACAGGGAGAAGUUAUUAUCGCAGCAAGCCAUAAGCGAUCUGCAAUCCUGGAUCAAUGACGACUGUACGGUGACGUUGAAAUCACUGCAACAAAAAUUGAUGCAGGAACACGGUGUGCGAGUUUCAACAACGACCAUAGCGAGGGAAAUAAAAGGCUUCAACUACUCCUUGAAAAUGUUGAAGCUAAUACCGGAGCGGCGUAACACACCGACGACCAUCGAGGAUCGCAAAAUUUGGAUUUAA